AUUUAUAAAGCUAUAGAUUUCGGUACUAUCGGGAACCACAAAUUACUAUCCGAACCGCGGCGAGUUAAUAAAAACAGAACCCGACCUGUUCUUACACGGUCGGUUCAACUCCAAACUUUUAGGCUACAAGGCUGUGGCUUAAUUUACUACAAUACUAAUAAACUACACUUCCCAGAAUGCAUUCCCAACACGCGACACGCCUCCCUUACAGUUACUAAGGUUUCGGGUUCAAACAAAAUAGACACCUCAGACCAGAGUAACCCGUUUCACAGAGAAGGUAAAGUCGUUUUUAUAUGGUGUGAAUGUUUUUAAUGAAACUGUAGGAGGAGGAUUUGUGAACCAGGGGUAUUUAGUAUUUUGGGUUUGGUUUUCUUGGAUAAGGGGCAGUUGUGUAAAAAUGGUUAAAAAUAAUGAAAGUGUCGUUUGUAUGUGCUUCAUCUGGGUUCUCCGGUUUCCUCCCAACUCCUGAAAAACAUGUCAGUAGCUGAACUGGCUACGAUAAAUACCCACUAGGAGUGAAUGAGUGUUUGAAUAUGUGUGUGUGGUGCCCUGGAUGGAUUGUGUGUGUCGCAUGUGUGGAUGUAUUUCUGAAAACACUUGUUUCGAAAGUAUUAGCACCCCCUACCAUUUGGUGAAGCCUGAAACUCCUUUAUAUUCUUAUGUUUGUGCUGGUUUUCAGCAGAGUUUCAAUUCAGAGAUGGCCGUCGCGUUUACAAGCCCAGGUUCAAACAUCCCGGAGAACCUACUGCAACUAUCGCAUUCGUUCGGGUAUGACUGCAGGCGACGAGGAAACCUGCAGCUGCUGGACGAGGACACACUGGCCUUCGUGGCUGGAAACGUGUUGGUUCUUCUAGACAUGAACACCAAACAGCAGCGCUAUAUCCCCAGCCGCAGUGGAGGCGGCAUCGGUGCCAUUAUGCCUCAUCCCAGUCUGAGAUAUUUCGCCAUGGCAGAGAAAGGCAAGCAGCCUGACAUAAUUAUUUAUGAAUAUCCGUCGCUGCAGCCCUAUCGUAUCCUCCGAGGAGGCACGGGUAAGGCAUACAGCUGUGUGAACUUUAAUGGUGAUGGCACGCUGCUGGCGAGCGUCGGAGGCGCUCCUGAUUACAUGUUGACCGUGUGGGACUGGAACCAGGAGCAGGUGGUGCUGCGCUGUAAGGCCUUCUCUCAGGACGUCUACCGUGUCACGUUUUCUCCAGACAACCCGGGCCAGCUCACCACCUCCGGCUCCGGACACAUCAAGUUCUGGAAAAUGGCUGACACCGUCACUUGUUUGAAGCUGCAAGGACUGCUGGGAAGGUUUGGAAAGACCGCUCUGACAGAUAUAGAAGGUUAUGUUGAGCUCCCUGAUGGGAAGGUGGUCUCGGGUUCAGAGUGGGGAAACAUGCUACUGUGGGAUGGAGGUCUGAUAAAGGUCGAGAUCGGACGGAAAGACGGACGCACCUGUCACGCAGGGCCUAUACAGCAGUUCGCUCUGGACGAGGGAGAGCUGAUAACCGUGGGUGCAGACGGAGCAGUCCGGUGCUGGGACUUUGAAACCAUCGAUACAGCAGACUGCGUGGACGACAGCGGGCUGUUCGAGAUCGAGCCCAUGAACGAGCUGACUAUAGGCCGCAACGUGAGCCUUUCCUCCAUGGUCAGGAGCGCCGUCCCAGACUCCACUAUCUGGUUUGCACAGGAUUCUAAUGGAGGAAUCUGGAAACUGGACUUGUCGUUCACCAAUAUAACCCUGGAUCCUGAGUGUCUGUUCUCAUUCCACGCUGGUGCAAUCGAGGGAAUGGAUGUGUCUGGAUUCAGUCACCUGAUGGCCACCACUGCAUUCGACCGUUCACUGCGGAUUUUUGACUUCCUUUCCAACAAGGAGCUCACAGUCAGCCAUUACAGACAGGGAGGAAGCGCUCUCACCUGGGCCCCUCGUACGGUGUGUGGUGGUGAGAGUCUCCUGGUGGUGGGCUUUGAGGAUGGAGUGGUGCGUCUGUUGGAGCUCUAUAAUCCUCAGAGUCUAUAUGCGGUUGCAGGACACAAGCUCUCUGAGCUUCAUCUCAAACAGGCCUUCAAACCCCAUAAUGCACCUGUGACAGCCAUCUCCUACAAGCACAAUGGGCAGAUCAUGGCUACUGGGAGUGUGGAUGGCACGGUGUUCUUCUUCUCAGUAGGGGACAGCUAUGAGCCAAUCGGCUUUGUGACAGUACCGGGACCGGUUCUGGGUUUGCAGUGGGCUCCUCAGUCUCAUGAGAGAAACGCUCUGUUAGUUGUUUGUCAGACGGGCCAUGUGGUGGAGGUUGAGGCUCCUGACACACACGAUCGCGCUGCAGGAAACACAUACCAUCUGCACAACCUUCCCAUCAGGCACUUCUGCUUCCACAGCAUCAAAUCACGCAUUAAGAGGGACGCAGAGAUAGCUCGCAGACAGGCCAUGAAGGAGGAGAGACAAAAAGAGGCGACACUCCAGGAAGAGAAGGAUCAGGAACAAACUCCUACAGAGGAAGAGGAAGAGGAAGAAGAGUUGCCACCGAUCUUCAUUCCCAAUCCCCCCAGUCCCCUUCACUGUGCCUUCUACUCCACUGAGCCUGGAGCAUUCUGGCUCUCUGUGGGAGGCUAUGACUCUGGGUAUCUGUACCACUGUAAGUUUGCGGAGCAGCAGUCUGUGGACCCCUCAGAGAGGAGAGACGAGCCGUUCGCUUACGUCCCAGUCCAAGAUGCAGAUCAAAACCCCAUCCUCACUGUCUGCUUCUGCGAGACGAGGCAGCUGCUGCUGUGUGGGAUGCAGGACGGCAGUAUCCGGGCUUAUCCUCUGGAGUCAGGGGAGCUGCACCCGGUGCACAUGCAGGCGUACUGGGCGCUCGGUGUUCAUGACAGCCAGUAUGGAAGCCUCCGACAGCUCCGUGUCAGCCAUGACAGCUGCUUCGUGCUGAGCACCGGCGCAGACGGAAACAUCUUCUCGUUCAGGCUGCUGGAGAUGGAGGAGAUGGAGAACGCACUACAGAGGGGACACGCCAAAGUGCCCUCACCACGCCUCAGCCUGGACACGGAGCCUGCACCUCUCGAUAUAGAUGACCCCGCUGCCUACAGUAUAGAGACAGCUAAGCAGAAGCUGGAGCUGGACCGCCUGCACCGGGAGGCUGAAUCGAGGAAGCAGGAGCGCCGUAAGAAGCUCGCUGAGUUGCGAAGCCGUUUCAAAGCCCUGCUGCAGCAGAACCAGUGUCUGCUGGAACACGUCCGCCUGGAGCGCUCGGAGCUGGAGUUGGAUUCACGUUUCCGGGAGGAAGUAGAGAGAUGGACGGCUGAGAGAGUGACGGAGGUGAGGAGAGAAUUAGCCUGGGAGACGGAGAGGUGCCGUAUCGGCCUGCAGAAGCUCCAGGAGAGGUUUUUGGACGCGGUGGUGUGUGACACAGUGACCGUGUCUGCGAUCAGGAGCGAUCAUAAGGUUUCCACCUACAGGCUGCUAGCUCUGCCCAACAAACUCCACCAGCUGAAGGAGCGGGGAAGAGACGCACAACGUUCUGACCUCGCCGCUCAGGAGCAGUGCGGCCCUAAAGAACAGAAAGAAACUCAUGCAGAUGUCAUCACAGCAGAGGAAGCUUUACCCGCCACAGCAGCGUCACAGCGGCGAGGGCCACAGGGAGCCGGAGGCAAGCUGGCAGCCAGACAGGCGGAGAAACUGCGCAAGGCAGCCGAGAAAGCGGAGAAGGCUCGCGCCAGGAUAGAGCAGAGGAAGAGAGACUGGGACGAACUCUACGCCGCCAAACCCAGCGCGGACUACGAGGAUCCAGAAGACAUCCGCGCAAUCCGGUCGGCCGCGGAGAACAUGGGCGACUUCAAACUGAAGACGGCGAAGGACUUCACGGUGCCGGAGCACCUGAGGAUGAACGUGGAGAAGAAGACGGCACAAGUGAUCGAGCUGGAGGAACAGAUCUACCAGAGGAAAAGCCAGAUGAACGUGCGUGUGCUGGCCCUGCGGGACUCAAAGGUGGCUCUCGUCUCCCAGUUCCACUCCCAAAUGCGGCAGCUUCGGGCCGUUCAGAAGCUCCUCCCCCCCGAGAAGCACCGCCCACCACCCGCCACGCCCACACUGACGCCCGAGGAGACACCUGAGAGAGAGAUGCAGUACAGCCGCACCACGCUGAAGCACUAUGCCGCUGCACGGGCCAAAAUGAGCCACACCAGCUGGGACGAGAAGCACGAGGAGCCUCAGGAUGUGCUGGAGAUGAUGCAACAGGAAGGUGAUGAGGACACACAUGCUGAGGAGGAACACACACAUGCCGAGGAGGAACACACACAUGCCGAGCAGGUACACACACACGCUGAGGAGGAACACACACACACAGAGGAGGAACACACACACGCCGAGGAGGAACACACACACGCAGAGGAGGUGCACGCACACUCAAGGAAGAACCUCAGCGAGCUAGAACAGGAGAUGAUGGAGGUGGAGGAGAUUCGCAACCUUUACCUGCAAGACAAACUGAUACAACAGCUGGAGGAGGCCGUGUGUGUGUUCGAUGCUCAGCUGCGUCUCCUGCGUCAUGAGAAAAGCACGCUGGACGUGCAGAUGAAGCUGGCUGACCUCCGACACGUCACACUGUCCCAGGAGCUCCUGAUGCUUAAAGAGUUCGAGAAGAGAGAGAUCACGCUACAGGAGAGGCUAAACGCCUGCGUGCAGGAGGAGAGAGAGCUCAGGUUGAAGCUGGAGGAGUGUAAAUAUCAGUUGGAGGUGAAGAAGAGAGACAUCGCGAAGCUGCAUGAGAGAGAGAAAGUGCUAGCCUCCACGUUCCAGGCUUCACUCGGAGACAACAACAAGUUUGCAGAUUUCCUCACCAGAGUCUUCAAGAAGAAGAUCAAACGAGUGAAGAAGAAAGAGAAGCCUGGCACCGAUGCAGAGGAAGAAGAGGAGAGUGAGGAAGACUCUGAUGAAGAAUCAGACUGGGACAGUGAUGAGGAUGAUGAAGGCUUGGACGGAGCCGGUGGCUUUGACGAUAGCGUCUGUCCUCAGAACUGCGACCCGGAGCUUUUCGAGAGCACGUUAAGUUUGCGUGAGCAUCGUCUGGAUUUGGAGGAGCUUUUGCACGAGGAGAAGAUGAUAGCAGACAGCCUGAGGAAGGAGUGUGACUCGCUAACCAAGAAAGAGAAGAUAGUGCAGAGCAACCUGAAAGCAGCAGAGGGCGACCUGGAGCUCUUAAACCGAGAGAAGCAGCAGAAGGUCAAUGAGCUGGAUGUGGUCGUGCCACUGAGACUGCACCAGAUCGAGUAUAUGAAUAACGGAGCGAUGCCCUCUGACCUGAGCGGGGCGCUGUUGAUGAACGCGGCGUCCGUGAGCCGAUUGCACGAACGCGUUAAGGAGCUGCAGCAGGAGAAGAGCGCUCAGAGGCAGUUAUACAGACAAGCAAGCCAACAACACGUCCAGCUCCGAAACGACCUCCGAGACAUGGAGGCCGAGUGUCAGGAGUUAAAGGCACACUGCGAACAAUUGAUGUUCAAGAAGUUCGGGAAGCUGGUGGAUCUGGAGGCUCUGCAGACUCUGAGCGGCAGCCGGAAGCUGGAGGAGAUGAAGUACGAGAGGCAAGUGCGGGAGGCUCAGAACAGGCAGGAGCUCAGGAUGUGGCAGAUGAAAGUGGCCGCUGCCAAGCAGGAACUGACCAACGUGACCAGAGAGCACACAGCACGUCUGCGCAGCCUCAACAGCCUGCUGACCGAGAAAAAGCUGCUGGACGACAAACUCAAUGCCAGGCAGAGGAAGAUGAGCCACCAGUUCCAGGGCUCCCGACAGGCUGAUCAAGAGGACAUCCAAAGGCUGCAGCUGCACGUCCAGAACCAGGCAGAGAAAAUCAAAUGGCUGAAGCAGGAGAUCAGCAACCUGUCUCGCAAAGGCGGCCACGUCCUACCCCCGAGUGAGCCUAGUUUACCAAGUUUACCCUCCAUCCAUAGAAACACCCCCCUUCAACGCAGGCGUGCUUUACCUUAGACGCAUUUGGCCUUUUGAUUGACUUAAAAGAAUGCUUCGGUGUAUUUCUGAAUCCUAAUCUAUAUCCACUGAGAGUCACAGAGUUAUCCUGGGACAAACCUAAGAUGAAUAAAGUGUCUAGGAGACAAAUGUAAAAUCUCUGGAGAAAAUCUGCACCGUGUUCAUCAAUAACAGCACUCUAUUAGAUAAUAGAAAAUGUGAUAUGAAUAAAUAAUAACAAUAAAAAAAUUAUAUAUAUGUAUAUAUAUAUAUGAAGGCAAAUACAGACUUCUAUUUGAGAUUUC